AACAACGCGUGAUGCCCCUCUUCGGGAGCACCUUCAGCCCCAAGAAAACCCCCCCCAGGAAAUGCGCCUCUCUCUCCAACCUGCACAUGCUGGAUAGAUCGAUCCGUGAGAUUGAGCUGGGCCUGGAGUAUGGCACCCCCUCCGUGAACCUUGCUGGCCACAGCCUCAAGUUUGAAAACGGCCAGUGGGUGGCAGAAUCAGGAAGCUUCACCGGGGAUCACAGAGAAAUGCAGCGCUUACGCAAACGAAACCAACAGCUACAGGAAGAAAAUAACCUGCUGAGGCUGAAGGUGGAUAUUCUCCUGGACAUGCUCUCUGAGACCACAGCUGAGUCCCACCUGAUGGAGAAGGAACUGGAGGAAUUGAAGAACCACAGCCGCAGAAGGAAGUGAAGAAAAUGAGUUGGUUGGAGGAGAGGAAAGCAAGGAGGCUGGCUCUGAGCCUUGGCUGCCCACACUCAUGGGAUCCCAGGGCUCGCUCAAGUCUCCUAGCUGUGCUGGUGUUACGAAUAAGGGGGAAUAAAGCAAGAAAUUAAUAAUAUAGUAAUAAUAAGAUAUCAUUGUAAUAUAUUAAUAUCAAUAUAUUAUAAUGAUAUGUUAUUAAUAAUAAUAUAUUGUAUGUAUGGCCACAGUUGGUAUUGUCUGUAGGUACAUCCUUCCAUGGGACCAUGAAUAAGAAGUUACCUCUGGUGCUGUGUGGUGCAGUUGGUACUCUGUCACAGCAGUUUUGGCACCCAAACAAGUCACACCGUGGCACUGUUAACGCAUUUUUCUCAGAGCACUUUACCUCAUUACGUUUCCUCACUGCAGCCCAGUCAUAGGUACCCUCUUUCCUAAGGCAACCUGGCAACAGGUGCUGGACAAUGUCCACUUCUUGAGUGGGCCCUUCCCUACCCGGUGACUUUAAAAACCAGGAUGUCCUGCCCCCUCCUUUCUAAAUCUGUCCCCUCAAGACAGCCUGGGUGGGUUUGUGUAAGCUUUGCUGCUUGCCCCUGGUGAGCAGGAUGGGUGUGUUGCUUGUUCUCAAGAGGUUUACAUACUUUAUAUAAAAACUUACAUUUCAA